CUCCUGCGGCGGGAGGACUCAUCUCGCCUGCCGGCUCCUCCUGGUCCUGCCCCUGGCUGCGCGUUGUUCGGUGAGUCAGUCCGGCCGCACCAUGGAUGUGAAUGUGAACGACAGCGACUGGCGGAGCCUCGCAUUUCGGCAGAAAGUGGUGGCGCAGAUAGACGAGGCCAUGCGGACAGCCGGGACUCCAAUCACCAAAUCCAGCAAAGAUAUGGAAAACCAUGUUUUCCUGAAAGCAAAGACCCGGGAAGAGUAUCUCAGUCUGGUGGCAAGGCUUAUUCUGCACUUUCGAGACAUUCAUAAGAAGAGUCGAGCUGGUGAUCCAAUGAACGCUUUGCAGAACUUGCAAGGUGGCCCUGCGGGGAGCUCGAGUGGGAUGAUGGCCACUCGUACUCCCGGAGUGGCAGGUCUGGGACAGUUGAAUCAAUCAAUGUCACAUCCUGGACAGCCUCAGCCGGCCCAGUUACAGAUGCAGCAGAUUGCCCAGCAACAACAGCAGCAACAAUUCCAGGCCCAACAAGCUGUGCAGCAGCAACAGCAGCAGCAACAACAGCAGCAGCAGCAACAGUUCCAAGCACAGCAGCAGCAGAUAAUGAAACUACAGAUGCAGCAGCAGCAGCAGCAACAGCAGGUAAAAGGAUUAUAUGGUACAUGA